CUUUUGCUCUGCCUUUUUUAUCUGGAAGGUGUUCCUCCUUCCUCUUCAUGUGUCCUUUUCACAUAUGAAAGGGCACCUGUAACCGUCAUCCUUUGUAUUCUCGCCUGCUUCAGCAACGCGUCUUCCCUCCAGGCGACUGGAACCGUCAUCCCUCCCUCUUUCUCUUUGCUUCCGACAGCAAAUUACACUCCGAUUCCUUAUUUCCCCUCAACCCUAAUCCCCUUGCCGUAGCAACGGCAACGUCGACCAUUAUCUGCCGACGACAAACGGUAUUGCCAAGCCGAAACUGUCGACCGAGCUCAACCCUCGACGGAACUCUGGGCGACCAGCACUCUCCCCUGCCAGAUCGUACCCACCAGUCCCAUCACUCUCCCUUUGCCGGAUAGGAGCAACCAGUCCUGUAUUGCUCAAAGUUAGACAGAGGCUUCGCGAUAGAGAGGUUUCAAUCUGCAUCCUUGGUUGGGAAAUUGUCAGCCGAAUUUGCCUCCAAUCUCGGUCGUACCGCUGUUGGGGUCAUGAAAUCAGCGUCGCCAACUGGAAUUUUGGGAGGUUAGCCCUUCUGAUUUUCCGCUUCCCUAAAAUUUUCACACUCUGGUCUCUCGCUUUGACUCUUGCACACAAGUCUUCGCUUUCGUCUAUAAUUUUCACACAAGUCUUCCCGUCCAUUUGUUGAAACUAAUUUAAGGGUUUAUCCUGUGGAUCAGCCACCCCGUUCCACCGGCGCUGCUACCUUGGCACUGUGGUCCGCUCACUGCAUUCUGGCAACUGAGUUUUCGGCCGCUGGUCUUCGUUUCUUCGUAGUCGGCUGCUGCUGCGUUCCCCUCACUGAGUUCCGACAAGUGGAUUUUGUGGUGCGACUCUUCGUUUCUUCGUAGAGGGCCAUCGUAUCAUACGACGGCGUCAAAUUCCGCCGGCUGAAUUUGGGGAACCUGCACGUUGUUCCCUUGAACAAAUUGUGAAAGGUUUGUUAGAGGUUUGCGGCCACCUCCACGCUCGGGUAGCUUCCAGAUUCACGUUUCAGGUCAGUGAUCCCGCUUCAGCUUCACGAUUACCGCCGUUGUAAGGUGUGAUUUGUCUUUUUAAUUUUUUAGUUAGGGCCCGCAGAAUCCAUUAGAAUAGUGGUUGGAGCUAGGGAAAUUGGUGUCUUUUUAGGUUGAUAUAGUUCGAAAUGGCUUCAAUCGACAUUUUUAUUGACACAGGAGUAAAUUACCAUGUUCCUACGUGCUCAUUGAUUGACUUUGUAACGAACGUUGAAGUAUGCAGGUAUACUUGGUGGAAAUAUAUUUAUUGCCCUUUCAAAAUUGCAGGACUCAGAACUGAAUUAAACUAAGUUAUCAACUCUCUAAACCACACCACAAGGAUCCAUGUUGGAUUAGAACAGGCUGACUUGCUUUUAUCAAGGUGAAUUGAAAUAGAACUCGAUUAUGGGAUAAAGUUUCUCAAACUAAAGCAUUUGAUGUGUGUUUUGUCUGACCUGAAACUGAAAUUGUGUUGCAGAAGAUACCCAUCAUUCGAUCAGGUUGUGCAACCUGUAAAAAAAGCCAGCACUGCUGACCUAUUGAUGGUUGCUCCCCAACAAUCAAUACAACCUUUUUUACAUGCUUUUAAACUUCCUGUGAUGUCUCGCUAUGUGGCCUUAGUUUGGAAGAUACCCUUAAUUGAUAAGAACAAUCCUGAUUUACCUUAGGCACAUCCAAUUAAUGGUGAUGGGCAGUAAGGAUCCCAACAACUAAUUGUUCCAUUUUGAUUCGAUUCUCCUACAAGGUAUAUAUUUGACAGAUUUAAGGCAUCUCUCGAUAAAUUCCAUGGCGGGAUGGGGUUCUUGACAUAUCUAUUGCUAGGUUUGUUCCUUCUGAAAGCCAUUUCAUGCAUGGAUUCUUCAUUUCCAUUCUCUGUUGAUGAGUAUUGGUUCUUUGUAUUUUACUAAUUUUUUUUUGUUAACUGCCUCUUCAAGCUUCACCUGGCAAGCUAUAUGUCGAUCGCAAAUUUUGCAGUUUUGGAGUUGUUCAUUUGGUUUGCCAGUUUAUCCUUUAGAUAAUUUACUUGAAUGAGUUAUAUGCUGCACUUUUAUUAAUGAUCUGCGGUAGAUAUAAACAAACAAAAUAACAUACUUGAUGUAAGCAAAGCUUCUUGGUCCCCUACAUGUUGCUGUGAACGGGUUAUAGUUCUCCUUUAUUUUUUUCGGUAAUUGUUGUUGUUCAUUUAUAGCUCCAACUUAGUCAAACUAGACUAAGUUUCUAGGGAAAAAACGUACAUUUUAUGGCUUAUCCUUCUACUGCUAUCAAUUUCUACAGAAUUACCAAGCAUAGUGCUAAAUACUUAUCAGUUUACAUUCAUUAUCCUUGCAAAGCUAGACAAGGAUAUCACCCUAGACACUUCCUCAUUUCCAAAACAAGAAUGAUGCACUUCUUCUUUAAGCUACCUAGCCAGAUCCCUAUGGCUUUUCUUAGCAGCAGUGAACACCUAGCUUUGCAAGGAUAAUGAAUCACAAAUCUGCAUUUCUUCUUUAAACUUCUUUAAAUAAAUGUGAUGUUACUCAAAUUUUUCAUCUGGACAAUAAAUGCUUAUGUUUUUGUUAACUAUUUCCAUUAACCAAAUCUUGCUUUGCUUUUUGUUUUUUAUCAGCACAGAUUUUCAGAUUUGCUGCAGUUACAUUUUGAUUAUUGGUUGGUUCGAGACCACCAAUGGCGGUGACGACUAAUUACAGGUCUACAGCUGGUGAGACCCGCCAACAUGAUGGUUGAAAAGUGAAAGUGAGAUUUCGAUCACAGGCUCAUUCCUCCACCGACAGUUAGGGUCCAGGUUAAGUGUGGGCAACCUACCACGAGACCAACAUCAGAGCUCAAGCCUCCUUCGGUAGAUAAAAUCCCACCUUUUUCAUUUUUUCCCCUCUGCCCUCUUUUCGAUUUCUAUUUUGGAUUUUGCAGAACUAGGUGUGAAAAAGACCAGGAGCGGAAGAAAAUGUUGACCGGACCGCUAGGCUACACCUUCGAGACCAUAAAAAGAUUUACAAGGACAAAGAAAGGGAUUUUAAAUCGUUCAUGGAUAUAAUAGGGGUGAAAGGCAAACCCAACACAAUGCUGCUUCAAGACCCAAUUAGCCAGGAGAAGCAUUACCGUGAGAUGAGAAAGAAUGCUAAGAUGGAGAAAGCUUCCAAGUCCAUCUCCGAGAUCAUCUUGGAAGACGACCACCUCGCUUAGAGUGAGUGUAAACCUUUUAUCUUUGAUCUUCUUCCUUGGAUUUUAGGUAAUUCGAUUAGAUUUGGGUGUCCAAUUCUGUUUCAUUUUAUUGCUUUCAACUCUUGAAUCAGUGAUUAGUAAAGGUGGGAAGUUAGCAGGGAAGGAUGUGUUGAGCUUGAUUGAGUUGUUGAUGAAUGAGCUACUGAAAUUGUACGAGAUUAUGGGGAUGGAAAUCUCAAACAACAGAUGAUAUUGCAGGGGAAAAGACUUCAAAAAUUUCAUCCCUCUUUAACUUCAGAAAAAUAAUUAUGUUUUGAGUUCUUAUUUGAUUUUAAUUUCGCCAAAAUUGUACAGGUAAAGAGAGCUGAGAAGUAUGUAGAGAUAUUAGACAUGUUGAAGGUCAAGAAUUCUUCUUUGAUUCACUUGGCAUUGUAGAGGGUCCUGGCAAUUGAGUGGAGGACUAUUUUCGUCACUAGAGAUGGUCGAUUAGUCUUCCGGCGACGAGCAGAGCCUCUACGAGGUACUUCCAUUUCUCCAUUCUACCCUAUCAAUGAAUCAUGUGUUGCAUGUGAUCUUAGGCCGAUCUUGCUGACUAUUCAUUUGAUUCAUUUUUUUCCUUUUUGGUAUAAUUAGGGUUGGGGUUAGAGUCUAGACAGUGACAUGCAUGGUAUUAUGAUUAAGGAUGUAUAAUUUGUUGCGAUGGUGAAAGUUUCACGCUUGGUACUAACCAUAAACCACUAGACGAUUAUUAUUGGUAAGGAAAUUGGUUGUUGGGGAGAACCAAAUUUAGCUUGACAGUACGCAUGCAAAUGGGUUUUGGAGUUGCUGCUCUUUUAGCAGCAUUUAAUGGUGAACAAGAAACUGAAGCUCUCUGGAGUUCAUUCAUUUCGCCAAAGCUGAACCAUAGAAACUGGCUUCUAAUACCCAGUUCAAAGUCGUGGGAAACAUAUUCUGAAUGGUUAGUUUAGUUACAGGGGAUAUACUUGAGAUGUAAUUGUACGAGGUCCUGUGAUACCUUAUUCGUAUCUCAACUAUGAUGUUAGGCAAUCGUAUCUCAACUAUGGAUGUACUCUACAUGGUUAUUGCUUAUUUCUCACCAAUUGUGCCACCUUCAUGAUUGUGUUCCAUAAAAUUGCUGAGUUCAAGCCCUUUGUUUUUAUGAGCUGUUCAAGCCAUUCGUAUUUGUUCUAUUUAGUAGAUUGCUUAUAUUAAUUUAGGAUUGGGUGCUAACUUUAAAAAAUGAUGUUGCGCUGGCUGCAGAUUCUUGGUGUGCAGAAGACAACAUCUCAGCGUGAGAUAAAGAAAGCAUACCAUAAAUUGGCUUUGAGACUCCAUCCAGACAAAAACCCAGGUGAUGAGGAAGCAAAAGAGAAGUUUCAGCAACUACAAAAGGUGAUAUCAAUCCUUGAGGAUGAGGAAAAACGUGCACUUUAUGACGAAACUGGUUGUUUUGAUGAUGUAGUAGCGGGAGACGACAUCCACGAGGUGGAGGCGAUUGACGAUGAUGAUGCAAUUGGUAGCAGUCGGAGGAGCUGGUCACUGUAUCCAGAGUAGCUGCCUGUGAGAAGAGCUCCAUCUCUAGCGAGGGUCUAGGGUUUGAGAAUGAGAGAUUAUUAAAAUUGGGGAGGAAGAGCCACUUCCAUUCCAAAUGAUGUUCGGAGUUGAGGUUUGGCUCGGUGCUCGAUCAACUGGUCAAGUUGGCUGGUUUCUCCAAGUUUUACACGUAAUAAGAUAUUGCUUCCACC